AUGGCGUCUCCACUGGACCUCUACGAGUCUCUCGAUGUUAUUGGAACAGGGUCAUUUGGCAUCAUCAGGAAAGUACGCCGCAAGAGCGACGGCCAGAUCCUUGCGCGUAAGGAGCUGAAUUUUGAGCGCAUGUCGGAGCGCGACCGCAAGCAAAUCGUCUCAGAAGUCAACAUUCUCAAGGACCUCCACCAUGAACACAUCGUGCGAUACCACGACCGCCAUGUCGACCGAGAUGCCGGCAUACUAUACAUUCUCAUGGAGUUUUGCGGUGGGGGCGACUUGUCUACCGUCAUCAAGCUCAGCCAACGGCAAAAUCGGCCGAUCCCCGAAGACACUGUCUGGAACUACUUCAUGCAAAUUCUGCUCGCGCUAAAUCAUUGCCACCAUCCCAAAGGUAGUGGGGAGUCUGACGGCCGGGAGAGACGGCCACAAAUUCUUCAUCGAGACCUGAAGCCUGACAACGUCUUUCUCGACGAGAAAAACACGGUGAAGCUCGGCGACUUUGGACUCUCGAAGGCACUGGCACAGGCCAGUUUUGCCAACACCUACGUCGGCACGCCGUAUUACAUGUCGCCCGAGCUCAUGCAGGAGAAAGCAUAUGAUUCAAAAUCCGACAUCUGGUCGCUAGGGUGCCUCAUUUAUGAACUUUGUGCCUUGAAGCCACCAUUCCACGAAGCAAAGACCCACGCGGAGCUGAGCAUACUGAUCAGAAACGGUCGCAUACCCCCAUUGCCAAAGGGCUACAGUCCGGCACUGACCGGCGUCAUCAAAUCCAUGCUCAACUUAAACCCUGCCAUGCGCCCGUCAGCGGCGCAAUUGCUCUGUCACGAACGUAUAGAGCUCGCGUUCAAGGUAUCAGAGACGCAGAAACUGCUCGAUGCUGUGAAGAUCCACAAAACCGCGCUCUUGAAUAAAGAACGCGACCUGGUCGCACGAGAGCAGGCUGCUGCGGCGAGCGAAACGUCACUGGCAUCUAUCAUUGCUGCCAAGGACGAGGAGAUCGCUUCCCUUCGGUCGCUUGCAGCAUCCGCCGAGAAUCUCCUACAGACACGUGUGCGAGAGGCCAUUGCACGACGCGACGAGGAGCUGCGUGCAAUGGUGCUGAAGCAGGAGCAAGAGGUUGCCGCCCGCAUCGCACGGCGCGAGGAGGAAAUCAUGGAGGCCGUGCGACAGCGAGAAGAGGAGAUCUCGCGCAUGUGGGCCGACUGGGAGGCAAAGACGCGCGAGGCGAUGACCGCGGCGGUGGAGGAGCGCAUGGAGUGGGUGCGGCAGCAGGCUGAGGAGAUGGACCGCGAACGAUCACGGCUUGAUGACGUGCGGGACGACUUGGAGAGGAAGAUGAGCACGCUCGAGGCGGCCGAGAGGAAGGGUACGGCUAAGGCGAAGACUCCGCUGGAGGAGGUCCGCAAUAUCCUCGCUCCACUUGCUCGCCUUGCGGGCUCGCCCGACGCAACACCCGUGCGACCCACUCAGCCGGCAAAACUGCCUGUCUUUGAGACGCCACGACCGGCCGCGAUGAAGGCCACGCCCAGCUUUCCGUCAAACCUUGCGCCGCCAUCGGCAAUGAAGGGCGUUAUCCUCACCGCUACGGGUGAGCCCGUCGCUACGCCGUCACCAGCAGAGCUCGCGAAGCUCUUCGUCGCCACGCCCAAGGUGGGGCUGAACUUUGCGAGGAUCUUCGAAUUUGAUUCCGAGGCAGAGGAGGAAAGCGAAGACGAGGAGGGUUAUGAGACAGAUACGCGGCCUCCGCCAGCUCCAUCAAGGCGGUCAAGCCAGGGCCUCGUCCCUGCAGUACCAGAUGACGAUGACGUCACUCCACAACCGUCUCCGGCCGUUCGCCCGACACGACUACGCCGCCCGUCAAUCCGUGCAUCAUCUCAACGGCCGCUCAUCGAUGCUGCCCUUGCUGCUCCUGCCGCUCCUGCUCCUUCUGCAUCAGCCCGUACACGAACGUCGCGGCCGCCGUCUUCGGCAUCGACGGCAUCGAGCGCAUCAAGUUCGUCUGCCACAUCGUCCGCGUCGAGAACGACCUCGAGUGCAAAGGAGCACCAGACCGCUGCCCCGGCGCCUGCAGUAGAAUACGACUUGUCAGACGAGGAGAACCUGCCCAGUCCUUUCCUGAAGAGGCAGGAACGCGAUGCGUAUGCACGCACGGCGUCAGCACCCGUUGCGCCUUCUUCACAUGCGCCAGCAGCAGCAACAGCACCUGCACCCACGGCGCCCGUUCGCAACGCCCCGAGGAAGAGUGGGCCAACAUUACGCGCAAUGGCCGUAGUGAACGCCGCGAACGCUGCGAGGGGAACUACUACAAAUGCGAGCAGGGCGCCUUCACGGACACACUCUGCGGCCGUCACGUCGAAUGUACGCCCGUCGAUCGCGAAAGCGCACAAAGCGAGCGAAGAGGCGCGUAAGGCGCUGUUCCGCCCAUGACAGUCCUCGUUUCCCGAGUCAUUCGUGCUGUUCAUGGCGGUGUUGUGAUCUUUGUCUUGUUAUCGGGAUGCGCGUCGCGUCUGCGUGUUUUUAUCUCUUUAUUGGCAUUGUUGUGACAAUCAAUAUCUGCAUCCUGCUGCCCCACGCGCAAGUCUUAUUGUACAUAGCUUAUACAUCAUCAGUAUUUGGGCAUAUAGGUGUCUGUCUGUUCAUACAAUCCAAUCCGUAUCC